AUGGCAGAUAUUGAAGCAGCUUCCAUGUCCUCCUCUUCUUCCAACCAUCCAUGGAAAUACCAUGUCUUUCUGAGUUUUAGAGGGGAGGAUACCCGUAAUAAUUUCACAGGCCAUUUGUGCAGUGCUUUGCGUCAGAAGGGAAUCAACACCUUCAUGGAUGAUGAGCUCGAAAGAGGAGAAGAUAUAUCCACAUCACUUCUCCAAACAAUUGAAGAGUCGAGGAUCUCAAUCAUUGUGUUCUCUAAAAACUAUGCAUCCUCUAAGUGGUGUUUGGAUGAACUUGUCAAGAUCCUCGAAUGCAAGAAAUUAAAUCAACAAGACGUUCGACCAGUUUUCUACAGAGUCAAUCCCUCGGAUAUACGAAAUCACAGAGGUAGCUUUGGGGAGGCACUUGCUAAUCAUGAACGCAAUGUCAAGGAUAACAUGGAGAAGGUCCAGAUAUGGAAGGUAGCUCUUAAAGAAGCGGCAAAUUUGUUAGGGUGGCCUCUUUUAAAUGAGCACUCUGAAUCUAAAUGUAUACAUGACAUCGUGGAAGAGAUUUCAGAGCAAGUUAUAACGCAUACAUAUUUGAAUGUGGCAAAGUACCCGGUUGGGAUAAAGCCUCGUGUGCAAGAUAUAAAUAAGUUGUUGCGCGUUCGAGGAAGAGAUGUUUGUAUGGUAGGGAUAUGGGGAACCGGUGGAAUAGGUAAGACAACGAUUGCCAAAGCCGUCUAUAAUUCAAUUGCCCACAAAUUUGAAGGAAGAUGUUUUCUGGAAAGUGUUAGAGAAAAUUCAAUGUGCUCUGGAGGCUUGGUCAAACAACAAGAGACCCUUCUUUUUGAGAUUCUAGGGAGAAAAAAAUUGAAGGUGACCAACGCUGCUAUAGGCAUCACUACCAUAAAGGAAAGGUUGCGCUAUAAAAGUGUUCUUCUAGUUCUUGAUGAUGUGAAUAACCUGAAUCAGUUAAACAACUUAGCUGGGGGACUCGAUUGGUUUGGUAAGGGUAGUCGAAUUAUCAUAACCACAAGGGAUAAAAGAUUGCUGGUUGCUCAUGACAUUGACUUAAUGUACAACGUCAAAAAAUUAGAUUAUCAUGAAGCUGUUGAGCUCUUCAGUUGGAGUGCCUUUAAAAGAAAAGGACCUUCAGAGGUUUAUGCGGAACUCACAGAACGUGCUAUAGGCUAUGCCCAAGGCCUUCCCCUAGCUUUGAGAGUUCUAGGUUCUUAUUUAUAUGGUGGAAAUCUAGAUACAUGGAAAGCGACAUUAGAUGGUUUCAAAAGCCCAGAAAUUCAACAAAUUCUCAAAGUUAGUUAUGAUGCAUUGGUUGAUUCUGCAAAGGAAGUGUUCCUAGAUAUUGCAUGUUUCUUUAACGGUAGAAAGAAGAAACACGUGAUAAAAAUGCUAGAAGGUUGUGGCCUCAACCCUGACCAUGGUGUUAAUGUGCUCAUUGAAAUGGCCCUCAUUAAUAUUAGUGAAUUCGGUGUUAUCCGUAUGCAUGACUUGCUAGAAGAAAUGGGUAAAGACAUAAUUCACCAAGAGUCGCCCAAUGAUCCUGGGAAACGUAGCAGAUUGUGGUUUCAUGAUGAUGUUUAUGAUGUUCUGACAGAAAAUACAGGAACAGCUAAGAUUACAGGCAUCAAGGUGGAGCUGCCAGAAGAUUCAGAUGUGAUAUGCUUAAGUGGUACCACUUUCUUGAAGAUGCGAAAUCUUAGACUGUUUAUACACCGAGCUGGAUGCUUUUCUGGAGCUCUUGAUUAUCUGCCCAGUAGCUUGAGGGUUGUAGAUUGGCCUAACUGUCCCUUCCAAUCUUUGCCAUCUAAUUUUAAUCCAAGGAAACUUGCUGUACUCAAGAUGCCUAAAAGUCGCAUCACAGGAGUGAUGGAGGGAUUCAAGAAUCUGAGAAACCUGACAUCCAUAAAUUUAAGUUCUUGUCGACAUCUAACAAAAGUGGCCGACUUAUCCGAAAUCCCGAACUUACAGAUUUUUGACCUAUCUCGCAGUAGCAAUUUAGUUGAAAUACAUCCUUCUGUAGGGUUUCUUGAUAAACUUUCAAAAUUCAAUCUUCUUUGUUGCUAUAGCCUCAUAAUUUUUCCAACAAGAGUUAGCUGGAAAUCCAUGAGAGAGCUUCAGCUUCAACAAUGCAGAAGCCUUGAGAAUUUCGUAGAAAUUGUGGACAAAAUGGAUUGUCUUUGGAGAUUGAAUUUAAGUUGGACUGGCAUUAAACAACUCCCUUCAUGGAUAGGAUAUCUCACUUCCUUGAGAGAAUUGAAAAUGUCUUCAACUCCCAUUGAAGAAUUGCCUUCAUUCAUUGGAAAUCUCGUUGAGCUUGACUACUUGCAUUUAUGUACAUGUAUAAACCUUAGAAAUCUGCCGCAGAGUAUUUACAAGUUGCGAUCUCUAUCGUUUCUUAGUCUCUCGAAGUGCCCAAAUCUUGUUGUAUUUCCAACAAAGGCGAGCUUGGAAGUUCCAUCAAUUGAAGAAUCACUUCCUGUGAUGCGUCCAGCUAAUUCAAACAUCUCACGUGACAACCAUGGUUCACUACAACUGUUUCCCCGGCUAACAAACCUACAAUUUGAAGGAUGCAAUUUACUAUCAGUCCAUGAUUUCCUGGCUAGUCUUGAUUGCUUCUACGCCUUGUACAGACUCAAUCUAUCGGGAAGCAAUCUUGUUAGUCUUCCUGCUUGUAUUAGCAAAUUUAUCAUGUUGCAUGAUCUUCAUCUGAAUGGUUGCAAGAGUCUUCGAGAAAUCUUAGGACUUCCACCAUAUAUAGAAGAGAUAGACGUUGGCGGUUGCGUGUCACUGGAAAAAUUUCCAACAUUGUCCAGGAUAUUGGAAUUCAGUGACACUCGAUGGCUUAUUAAGUCGAUGGACUUGUCUAAUUGUCAUAGGUUACUGAUUCAUAAUGCGGGCUUUGACGUUGUGUCAAAGAUGGCAGAUGCAGUACAACUGAAUGAGGUCGUGUCAAAGAUGGCAAAGGCAUUAAUACUGAAUAAGGUAUCUAAGAAAUCUGAGUUUGAUGCUAGACUUCCAGGAAGUGAAGUUCCGAAGUGGUUCGACUGCCGUAAGGACGAAGUCUGUGUUCGUAUGUGUGAUUGCACUGAUAUAUGUGAACUUUGUAUAGAAAUCCCUAGGAGUUUGAAAUGGAAGGAAACAGGGUUUGUUGUUUGUGCUGUUUUUGAAGAUUAUCCUGAAGAAAUUCAUUUUGGUCUCGACAUUACAAUCAAUGAAGUUGACAUGACUGCCCGUGAAGAAGUCAUGGAUGAUGAGCCACUCCCACCGACGUGUUACUUUCUAACAACAGUAACAGAGCCAUCAGCUCAUGUGUGGCUGAGAUAUAUUCCAUUGAAGGUCGACAUCAAGAAAGAGGUAGAUAGAAACAGUGAUCCAUGGAUGCCUUAUUUGUGUCAACUUACAUUUUCCUACCUAUCCGACGAGGAUGAAGAAGAGGACGAAGACGAGGACGAAGACCUGGUUAAUGUGCCUUGUGAGGACGAGGAUGAAGACGAGGACGAGGAUUUGGGUGAUGAAGAUGAUGUAAGCAGUGAAGACUCGGUAGAAAAGAUAUAUAGGAAGAGCAAUGUUAGCAUGUCUGAGUUGGGCUUGAGUUGUGAUUUUGACAAAGCAGAAGCUGCCAUUAUAUCUACAUCAUCAUCAGGAGGCAUUAGUACCAAGCGAGGUGUUGAACACUGCGAUCAUGACGGGGAACUCCGUCCAACAAAAAGAUUUAAACAAAUCACCCAUGGAGCUGUACCUAAAGCCAGUGGAAGCGAUUUAGACUGA